AUGGCAGUCGCAUCCGAUCAUUUGGGGCCAGAUACCUUUGAGGCACAGGAUGACACGGGUGCUGCACAUGAUGAUGAUAUUUCUUUAGGUUCGGAGGACAGUGAAUACGAUAGUAGUGAAGAAGACGAUGAUGAUGAAGACACCGGGGAAGAAGAACGGGAGGGUAAUGGUGUAGAGGCCCAAGUAGAGCAGGAAAAUGAUGCCGGCGAUGGUGGCAACGCAAUUGAUGAGGAAAGAGGUGGAGAUGAGGAGUCUACGGAUGGAUCAAUGGGUAUGGAUGAUAAUAAUGAUGAUCAACGAUUUAGUUAUACCGCCGAGGAGUUGCGCAUGUUGAAGUUAGCCCACAUUGAAGUCCCUGCGGUAUCAAAUGCUAAGGAUCUUAGCAGGAUUGAUAGAGCCAUUUGUGACUCAACUAUUUUUGGAACCGGUUGCUUUGUAAUUCAACUUACAUCGGAUUUACUAAAAUCCGGUGUCAACAAUUUGGUUAAGGAUGGUGGGUCAUUGCUGCUCAUUGGUCCACCGGGGGUAGGGAAGACUACUGUCAUAAGAGAAAUAGCCCGAAUGCUGGCUGAUGAUUACAAGAAGCGUGUGAUGAUUGUUGACACAUCUAAUGAGAUUGGUGGGGAUGGUGAUAUUCCUCACCCAGGAAUAGGCAAUGCCCGUAGGCUGCAAGUGCCUAACCAAGACGUGCAGCAUAAGGUGCUUAUAGAAGCCGUAGAAAACCGUAUGCCUCAGGCAAUUGUUAUUGAUGAAAUUGGAACUAAAUUAGAGGCCAUGGCUGCUAGCACCAUUGCACAGAGGGGGAUACAGCUUGUUGCAACUGCCCAUGGCGUAACAAUAGAGAAUCUGAUCAUGAAUCCAUCACUAGAUAUGCUUGUGGGAGGAAUACAGAGUGUCACACUUGGUGAUGAAGAAGCUAACCGGAGAGGGGUUCAGAAAACUGUUCUAGAGCGCAAGGGCCCAGCAACAUUUACAUGUGCUGCAGAGAUCGUCUCCAAAACUGAGUUACGUGUCCAUCGGAGUUUGGAAGCCACAGUAGAUGCUCUACUUGCAGGCAAGCUGCCUAAUGUUGAAAUUCGGAAGUUGGGUACAAAAGGAUUGGUGCAGGAAGUUUCUGUGCAAAAGGAACAAUCACAUAUUGCUAUUUAUGAAGAUGCAACUCCAUUUGACGGUGAUUCUCUAAGGAAUGCCAGAAGAAGCUUGGACUCUGCAUUUAAUCUUGAUUCUGCCGAAAGACAUACAGAGAGGUCAGAUGAAGCUGAGUCAAGAUUGAAUCUAUAUGCUUAUGGGAUCUCCGAGUCGACUGCCUUGCAAGCCAUUAAACAGCUGGAGUUGGAGGACAUUGUUACUUUAACUUACAAUAUCAGUGAAGCUGAUGCAGUGAUUGCGUUACAUUCGAAGCUCAAGAAGAAUUCUCAGAUUCAGGCUGUGGUGAAAUCUCAAGAUAUACCAGUUUUCUUCGUGAAGACAAACUCCCUGUCCCAAAUCACUAGGGCGCUUCGCGCCCUCAUUGACGAUCACAUGGACGAGCUGAUAGAUUAUGACGAUAAGGAAGAAGCAAGAUCAUCCGAGGAAACUGAUGCUCUGGAGGAGGCGAGGCUGGCGAUCGAGCAAGUAGUGAUCCCCAAGGGCGGGAGCGUGCAGCUGUUGCCGAGACCAGCAAGCAUCACCUCCUCCCAAGUGGAUCUCGUUGAGAGCUUCAGCCUCAAGGUCGUGGGCCAGGAGCCGAACUCCCACGUGAGGAUCCUCCCACACUUCACGGCCGCGAAAGCCAUCGGCGCCGAGCAAGAAACCGACGCCACCGGGCUCGCAGAUCCUGGGAGCCCCGACGACCCGGAUCAUACCCACCAGGACGGCAUCACCAGGCUACCUUUCCUCCCCGAGUAGAGCAAUCCAUUACGGUUCGUUGGCUGGCUCUUUCCGUUUCACCUGGCUGUAUAUUCACCCCCUCAUUUCGGUGCAACUUCCAUCAGAAAGCACUUUGUGUUCAGAUCGAAAAAAGAAAGCACUUUGUGUUUACGAAAGCAGUAGAUAAAGAGUGCUGCUCUACGCGUA